CGUCAUGUUCCAUGUUAGCAUGGUCAAAUUGAUGAACUUCUUCAACGUUGCAACUUUUAGAAAUAACUUUUUACACACUUUUAACCUCUGCAUUUGAGAGUAGUUUGGUCCGAUAUGACACUGCUUUGAACGCUUUUCUGCUGUUUCUUUAUUUUUACGCUCAGUAUGCACGUUUGCAGACAGGGAGUGGCAAAAUAUAAAUAUUUUUUUUGCGUGUGCCAUAACUCCUCGAACUCGUUUCCUACAGCGAAAACGUCCUUGUCUUUGAGUGACGGACCUAAUGGACCAUUCGCCGUCGAUAAUCACGCAAGUAACCAAAGACGAGGAGGAAAAUGCGACUUGUCGUGAGGAAGGUGCCAACGACGUAUCCUCGUCAAAGAAGCCUCGCAGCAGAGGUCUUUUCCACAGUCUCUUCUGCUGUCUGUGUCACAAAGAGUCACAGCCACCUGCAGUAAAAAACAAUGUCCCCCUCUUGGUAGAAGAAAAUGGGACUCUGUCAAAAGUUCCAGCCAAACCGCUGCUCCCACGGAUUAAAUCAAAUGAUGCAGGGAAGAUCUGUGUGGUCAUUGAUUUGGAUGAAACACUAGUGCAUAGUUCAUUUAAGCCAGUGAACAAUGCUGAUUUUAUCAUUCCAGUGGAAAUUGAUGGAACAGUUCACCAGGUGUAUGUGUUAAAGAGACCCCACGUUGACGAAUUCCUCAAGAGGAUGGGAGAAUUAUUUGAGUGUGUUUUGUUCACUGCAAGCUUAUCCAAGUAUGCAGAUCCUGUGUCGGACCUGUUGGACAAAUGGGGGGCCUUCCGGAGCCGUCUCUUCCGGGAGUCAUGUGUCUUCCACAAAGGGAACUACGUAAAAGACCUGAGCCGUUUAGGAAGAGACCUCAACAAGGUCAUCAUCAUUGACAACUCCCCAGCCUCCUACAUCUUCCAUCCCGACAACGCAGUUCCUGUAGCAUCCUGGUUUGACGACAUGUCAGACACCGAGCUCCUCGACUUAUCCCCUUCUUUGAGAGACUAAGCAAAGUGGAUGACAUCUAUGAUUUUCUGCAGCAGCACAGGAGUUUAAGUUAACAGAAGCAGGAUAAUAGGAUGAAAAUAAUCACCAGCAGCUGUCGUCACGGGGCCACGGAGGCUGGUGGGCCACAGGCUCAACGCUGCUUCCGACUACAAGGACCACACUGCAACCAAUGUCAUGUAAUCUCGUGUUCUUACAGUAUAUAGCAUAAAAAUGCGAAAGAAAUCUUCCAACAGGGUUUGGUACUUCAGCAGUGCCAGUUAUCCAAUCCGAGUGCCAGAUUUCUUUUCUCCUUUUUAAAAAAAAAUACGAGAUAAAGACUGAAAAUGAGACUUCUGUAUACGUCUUUUGCAAUGCAGCUAGUGUGUUGUUGUCAUGUGACAGCAGUGAGUAUUUAAGCGUGCUGUAAACCUAGAUUGUGUGAACAGUUGUUCAGUGCCAUUCUACAAAUGAACCACAUCAAUCAUUUUCAUGUCAGUACUACAAUGUAGCAUUUGUAAUAGGAUUUGAAGCUCUCGCACAAUAUAACAAAUCAGUGACGACUGUCCCUGAAAUCUCAUUAACUUACUCUCUGUUUUGUUCUGCCUAAAAUGGCCAGAUGUGUAUGUAGUAAAAGACAAUCAUUAAGUUUUGUGAAUUUUGGUUUAAUAAUUUCUAUAACAUGUCCAAAACACAUAUUUUUGAUCAUAAAUAGUGCACUUUCUGUGUCUUCCGAAAGUCUUGAACGAAUACGGCUUUCGGUAGGAAUUUGGCUCCAAAAACACACAAUCAAUCUUUCAGAUUUUACAUUGGGAUUAAAAAGAAACUGGAACAAAAAUCAUGGGAGAUCGUCAUCAUUGAUGAGGUUUAAUUACUGGAAUCUAAUUAAUCACAUGUAAUAACCUUUUUAUGUGUUGUCUUAUGUCCAGUCACGAAACAUCAUAAUCUUGAUUUAUUAGCUCACUUCGUACUUGCAACAUUAAAUCUUGAAAAAGCUUAAUAUAAGGUAUAUAAAACGUACAAAGUCUGCAUCUUUCGGACAGUUUUAGAUUAGCAUUGGGACAGAUUGACUGCGCACUGAUCGGACCUUUCAGAGACUUACCACUGCAGAAAUGGUGACAUUAUUUUUGUACAUACAGGAUUUUAGGCAGUAGUUUUUGAUGUAGUUUUAAUGUUAUUUUACCUUUUUUUUUUUUUGAGUUUUUAGUUUGAUCAACCAAGCAACACUGUUUAUGUGUGCAGCAGGGGGAGGCUGCAACCGGCUAUGGCAACUUUAACAAGUUUGUUGUUUGAUCUGAAAGCACACCUUGAAUUGCCUCCUAUCGGUAAACUUGAAUCCGAGUUUUUUUUCGUGUAAGACUUUAAUGGAGUCAAGUGUACUGCCUGAUUGAUCUGUAUAUUCAGUUUCACAGGGGAAACUUGUGCCAGACAUGUUUAAGCGCCAGAUUGACUUUGUCAGUCUGGAGCGAUGUUUGUAUGUGUGCGUUUGGGUUUCGGUGUGAUUGCGUCAGCGUGAGUAUUUACAUUGGUUUAAGAUUUUAAAGAGAGAUACUUUGACAAUACAUGAUAAACCAUAACCUGUCUUUUAAAUAAUGAUUUAACUUUUCUUUUUUUUUUUUACUGUAUGCAACAAGAGUAUUAACGUUGUGACUCAAGUAAAGAAACUGGUUCAAACAAGUGAGUUUUUAAAAUUGCUGCUGUCAAAUGUAAAGAUUGGGGGGAAAAAAAAUACACCUAGAGAUUUUUACCUUGCAUCAAUAAAGCAUGUUUUAUUGAAACAG